AUGUGCCACUUUCAGGUCUCCUCACACACUGCUGGUGUGUUGAAUUUUUUGACAUAGGGUGCUGGCAGAUUACGGGCCUCCCAUAGCUGCUGCCAGGCCCCUAAUCUGCCAUGGGCCCCUAUACCGCCUCCUCAUGCUGCUGCCAGGUCCAGAGUCUCUCAUGGGUCCCUGUACGGCCUCCCAUUGCUGCUGUCUCCAUCGCCACACUCUGCCAUGUGCCACUUUCAGGUCUCCUCACACUCCUGCUGGUUUCCAUUUUGUCAUAGGUUGCUGUAUGGCCUCCCAUUGCUGCUGCCUCCACCGCCACACUGUGGCUCCAAACACUGGUUUUGGCCCCGUGACUGGCCAAAUGAGUGAAGUGUGCGGUGAUUCUAAGAUCGACGGCACUCAUCUGCAUGUCAUACUGACUGACAGUAUUAUUUCUCUUCCCCAGCAGACUCCAAGGGCAUUUAAAUUAAAGGUACAGUGUUCUGCACUAAUAUUA